GAUAAUUUUUUUUUUUUGGGCAACACUUAAAACCCUAAGUAAAGGCGAAAAACCUUGAGAAAAAUCCAAUUUCUUGAAACCGCCAUGGUUUUCGCUUGGUGCAUUCGCAGGUCAGCUUCUAGUUUAGCUUUCGUGUGUGCUCGUGUGGCUCGAGCUCAGGCCGUCUCUGUCUUCGUCAAUCGCUCGUCUCUCGUUGUUCCCAAGCCAUCUUCUCUGCUGCGUCCUUUCGUAUCUCGUGGCUUUCUCUAUUCGACGGCCACUGAGCGGUUAAAGUCCGAUCAGACGCUUCUCCAAGUGAUUGACUCCGAGAUCAACGAAGCUUUCGAAGCCGAUGAUCACGAUGUGGAUGAAGGGACAACAGCCUCUGGUGAAUUUCCUUUCAAAAUCGAAGAUAAACCUGGACACCGGAGUGUAACAUUGACUAGAGAGUACAACGGAGAGCAGAUUAGAGUAGAAGUAAGCAUGCCUGGUCUUGCCAUGGAUGAAAAUGAGGAUGAUAUGGAUGACAAUGAAGAUGGAGAUGUUCGUAAUGAGAAAUCGAAUGAUACAAGCAUUCCACUAGUUGUCACAGUGACCAAGAAGAGUGGACUCAGCUUAGAGUUUAGCUGCACAGCUUUCCCCGAUGAGAUUGUCAUUGAUGGUUUGUCUGUGAACCAUCCAGAGAAUUCUUCUGAAGAGCAAUUGGCAUAUGAUGGGCCUGAUUUUCAAGAGUUGGAUGAGAAUAUGCGCAAGUCGUUUCACAAGUUUCUCGAGACCAGAGGAAUAAAAGCAAGCGCAACGGAUUUCAUGUAUGAGUACAUGAUGAAGAAAGAUAGCAGAGAGUACUUGCUAUGGUUGAAGAAUCUCAAGAACUUUAUCCAAGAAUGAAGACAUUCUAAGAAUAGUAGUCUUUAUUGUUGCAGGUUUUAUUGUAUUGACUUCUAAGUUCACAUGGUCUUUUAGAAUGUGAAAUUCGAAUUCAAAUCUUUU